UUGAAUGCUAAAAACGUUAUGGAAUUUUACAUUUUUCUAUGAACGAUAAAACACUGAAUAUAUACAAAAUAUGACACUUCACUUCACAUUUAGAGAAACAAAUGUGUCUGGGGCCCGGUAUGUCUAUUUUUUAGGAACACUAAUACAUCGUCUUUCUCGUCUCUGGCUCCGCCCAGGCCGACGACAUCAUCUUCCUCGUCUCUAGCUCCGGCCAGACCGACAACAUUGUAUUCGUUGUCUCUGGCCCCGCCCAGGCAAACGACAUCGUCUUUCUCGUCUCUGACUCCGCCCACGCCGACGACAUCGUCUUCCUCGUCUCCGGCUCCGCCCAGACCGACAACAUUGUAUUCGUUGUCUCUGGCCCCGCCCAGGCAAACGACGUCGUCUUUAUCAUCUCUGACUCCGCCCAGGCCGACGACAUCAUCUUCCUCGUCUCUGACUCCGCCCACGCCGACGACAUCGUCUUCCUCGUCUUUGACUCCGCCCAGGCCGACAACACCGUCUUUCUCGUCUCUGGCUCCGCCCACGCCGACGACAUUGUCUUCGUCGUCUCCGGCUCCGCCCACGCCGACAACAUCGUCUCCCUCGUCUCUCCCUCCACCCUCCCGUGACUUUGGACUUUUUUGUUUUUCUAGAAACGCCUGGAAGAGGUGCUACUGUCAGGCUUGUCACUGACAGGUCGGUUAUGUUUUAGUUUUAUCUCUGUUGGCUUUAUUUCCUGUCAGCGCUUUUAUUUUGUUUCGGUUUCCUGUUUUUCUCCCUGAGCGCUGUUUCUCCUCACCUGCUGCUGAUUGGCAGCCUGGCCCCACCUGUUGUCAAUCAGCUGGCUAGUAUUUAUACCUGCCUUGCCCUCCAGUCAGUGCUGGAGUAUUGUGAGCUGUUUCCUAGUUCCUGAGUCCUGUUUUCCUGAAUUUUAUUUUUGACAUUAGAAGUCAUGUUUUCCUGCAUCAAGCCUGCCGUCUCUGCAUCCUGGGAUGCUGACCCAUCGGGAGCGCGCACGGUCACCGACGCGCACGCGCCUGCUCGCUGCGGAGACGCGCCUGCUCGAGCCCCGAGCUGUCACUCAAGCGGAGCCCCGGUUCGACAACGCUAGCGAAAGGGAGGAGAUCCACAUCCAGAAAAAAAAAAAAAAAAAAAAAGAACCGAGGAGGCGAGGAAGAACCUCCACCCCACCCGAGUUAUGCGCCCUGCUUCCCGGUGAGCAACAGAUCGGCGACUCGGCGGCGCUCCCACACCGGAGGAGGGAUGAGCCGAGGAGGGGGAGACAAUACCAGAGUCAGGCGGCACGUGUGAGCCCCUUUUCGGUGGAGCUCGCGUGGAUGACGCGGAAGGACGAGGCGGUUGUUCGGUCCGAGCCAAAAUGACCCCACCGCUGCCAUCCUCUUCAUCAUCCUCAUCCUCAUCCGGUACCACGGAGGGGGCCCGGUUCUGGCAGCGCUUUUACGCGGCAGACCCCGUAGUGACCACCGCUGUGGACAGCAGGAGAGUGGCGUGGAGAGCCCCGCAGUAACACGCACACACCCUCGCCGAGACAAGUCCCGCGGAUCUUCCAAGUUUGGACCGAGCGAAAGUCCGAACCUCCUCCUGCUCUCCGUCUUCUUCCUCCUCGGCUUCUCGAACCCAGCAUCUUCACAGGCUCGCACAGCGAGUCUGUGAGCAGUUGAGAGAGGGACACUGUCUGCCCCACUGUCCAGCGACACCAUGAGCUGGAGCUUCCUCACGCGGCUGCUGGAGGAGAUCCACAACCACUCCACCUUCGUGGGGAAGCUGUGGCUCACUGUGCUCAUCGUCUUCCGCAUCGUCCUCACGGCCGUUGGAGGAGAGUCCAUCUACUACGACGAGCAGAGCAAGUUUGUGUGCAACUCGGGGCAGCCGGGCUGCGAGAACGUCUGCUACGACGCCUUCGCCCCACUGUCCCACGUCCGCUUCUGGGUCUUCCAGAUCAUCCUGGUGGCCAUGCCGUCUCUCAUGUACAUGGGCUACGCCGUCAACAAGAUUGCGCGAUUGGAUGAAGCUAAGGGAGGAGCCGGAGCCGUUGCGGUGAGACCCGUCGGAGGGGGCUACACGCACCGGAAGCCCAGGAAAAUCUGCUUCGGAGCGCGGCAGCACCGGGGCAUCGAGGAGACCGAAGAGGACCGCGAGGACGAUCCCAUGAUCUAUGAGGUCCCAGAGAUGGAGCCUCCCAAAAGACCUCGAGAUCCGCUGCAGCCUACACCCAGACCUAAGAUCCGCCAUGACGGUCGCACGCGUAUCCGGGAUGAGGGUCUGAUGCGGGUGUACGUUCUGCAGCUGGUGACACGCACAGUUUUAGAGGCGGGCUUCCUGACGGGUCAGUACUUGCUUUACGGCUUCCGCGUGACGCCCGUGUUUGUAUGUUCGGGGAAACCGUGCCCCCACAGCGUGGACUGCUUUGUGUCGCGGCCCACCGAGAAGACCAUCUUCCUGCGCAUCAUGUACGGCGUCACCGUGCUCUGCCUGGUGCUCAACGUCUGGGAGAUGCUGCACUUAGGCAUCGGCUCCAUCUGCGACAUUCUGCGUCGCCGCCGCUGCCCUCCUCAGGACGACGAGUACCAGCUGGGCCUGCUGGGCACCAAUGUGGGCGGAGAGGGGUCGGUAGGGGUGGCCGGACCGGAGGCAGGUUCCGAAGGCGGGGACGGCGGGGAUGGACCUGCCGAUUAUGUGGGUUAUCCGUUCUCCUGGAACACCCCGUCGGCGCCGCCUGGCUACAACAUCGUGGUGAAACCCGAGCAGAUGCCCUACACCGACCUCAGCAACGCCAAGAUGGCGUGCAAGCAGAACCGGGCAAACAUCGCCCAGGAGGAGCAGCAGCAGUUCGGCAGCAACGAGGACAACUUCCCCACAGGGGGCGAGGCCCGCGUGGCCCUCAACAAGGACAUGAUCCAGCAGGCUCACGAGCAGCUGGAAGCCGCCAUCCAGGCCUACAGUCAGCAGCACCGGGCCGAGGAGACUCUUGGGGACAACCAGGACGACAAGCCCCAGAGUAACAUCAUCAUCCAGACGCAGCCACCGCCUCAGAAGGAGCGCAAGCACAGACUCAAGCAUGGCAAAGGAGGCAGCAGCGGCGGCGGCAGCAGCAGCAACAGCAGCAGCAGCAAAUCAGGAGAAGGCAAACCGUCGGUAUGGAUUUAACCCCGAUGCAAACCAUGCAGUGUACAUACCACUUGUCAACACCGCCGUGCCUUAAAGAGGAACUGCACUGUUUUUGGAAUUUUGUCUGUCAUUCACAAUCCAUACGAAAGACAAAAACACGUUUAUUUUUCUUUUUUUAAUGCAUUCUAAAUUUUAAAUCCCGCCUAUAAAGCACUCUAAUCACCGUCCAUUGACUUAUAUACAUGCUAUAAGUAUGUAUGUAAUGUAGUAACAGGCCCAUUCUUAAUAACAUGUAAUAUUAGGAAUUUUACGGCGGCGUAUUAAUUUCACCGACACAUCACGUUUACUUUUCCCUUCAACAACAACACUACUAAUGAAGAGAGACAAGAACGAUUACUUUGGGACAAACGGUGAUCCGGAACCUUAUAUUUUUGAAACUGAAUAUAAGGAGGACAGAAAAUAAAACUUUUAAAAAACUUAGUCAUUUGCAGAUCAAGCUUUAGCAGCAGUGUUGCUUAAUGUAAAACAAGAUAUUGGAAACUACGGCCAUAUUAAAACAAUCCCUUACUGUACAAUGUCUGCUCUAACUGGGAUGCAGAGUAAUUGGAUGUGCAUGUCUUUCUGUUUAGAUGAAAAAUUAAUCCUAAUCCUAAUGCAGGUUUUUUUUUUAAAACUGUGUUUUUUGUGUUUCUCGCCGUAUAAACUGAAUGUCAAAGUUGACUAACUACUUUAUGUUAACAAUCUUCUACUAUCCAGGUGAGAGGCAUGAUUUAUAAUCACAACGUUCACUUUUCCCUUCAACGACAACACUACUAAUCAUGCUAGACUUCAUGAGAGACAACAACGAUUACUUUGGGACAAACGGUGAUCCACAACCUUAUAUUUUUUAACCUGAAUAUAGGGAGGAAAAAAAUACAACUUUUAGAAACUGAGUCAUGUGCACAUCCAACUUUAGCAGUAGUAUUGCUAAGUGUAAAACAAGAUUUUGGAAACUACAAACAUAAUAGAACAAUCACUUACUGUAAAAUCUCUGGUCUCACUGGGAUGCAGAGUAAUUGGAUGUCUUCCUGUUUAGAAGAAUUAAUCCUAAUCCUCGUUUUUUUUCUGUUUCUCGCCAUCUAAAUUGAAUGUCAAAGCUGACCAACUACUUCAUGUCAAUCUUCUACUAUCCAGGUGAGAGGCCUGAUUUAUAAUCACAACGUUCACUUUUUCCUUCAACGACAACACUACUAAUUAUGGCAGACUUCAUGAGAGAAAAGAACGAUUACUUUGGGACAAACGGUGAUCCGGAACCUUAUAUUUUUGAACCUGUAUAUAAGGAGGAAAGAAAAUACAACUUUUAGAAACUGAGUUAUGCACAGAUCCUGCUUCAGCAGUGUAUUGCUAAGACUAAAACAAGAUUUUGGAAACUACGUACAAAAUAAAACAAUCACUUACUGUACAAUGUAUGCUCUCACUGGGAUGCAAAGUAAUUGGAUGUUCAUAUCUUCCUGUUUGGAUGAAGAAUUAAUCUUAAUCCUCGUUUUUGUGUGUUUCUUGCCAUCUAAAUUGAAUGUAAACGUUGACCAACUACUUUAUGUCAACAAUCUUCUACUACACAGGUGAGAGGCCUGAUUUAUAAUCACAACGUUCACUUUUCUCCUCAAUAACAACACUACUAAUCAUGAUGAGAGACAAGAACGAUUACUUGGGACAAACGGUGAUCCGGAACCUUAUUUUUUUUAACCUAAAUAUAAGGAGGAAAAAAAUACAACCUUUAGAAGCUGAGUCAUACACAGAUCCAGCUUUAGCAGUAUUGCUAAAUGUAAAACAAGAUAUUGGAAACUACGGCCAUAAUAAAACAAUCACUUACUGUACAACGUCUGCUCUCACUGGGAUUCAAAGUAAUUGGAUGUUCAUAUCUUCCUGUUUGGAUGAAGAAUUAAUCCUAAUCCUUGUUUUUUGUUAGUUUCCCGCCAUCUAAAUUGAAGGUCAAAGUUGACCAACUACUUUAUGUCAACAAUCCUCUACUAUCCAGGUGAGAGGCCUGAUUUAUAAUCACAAAGUUCACUUUUCUCCUCAACAACAACAGUAGUAAUCAUGAUGAGAGACAAGAACGAUUAGUUUGGGACAAACGGUGAUCCAGAACCUUAUAUUUUUUAACCUGAAUAUAGGGAGGAAAAAAAUGCAACUUUUAGAAGCUGAGUCAAUCGCAGAUCCAGCUUUAGCAGCAGUAUGGCUGAAUCUGAAACAAGAUUUUGGAAACUACGUACAUAAUAGAACAAUCACUUACUGUACAAUGUCUGCUCUCACUGGGAUGCAGAGCAAUUGGAUGUUCAUAUCUUUCUGUUUAGAUGAAGAAUUAAUCCUAAUCCUCGUUCUUGUGUGUUUCUUGCCAUCUAAAUUGAAUGUCAAAGUUGACCAACUACUUUAUGUCAACAAACGUCUACUAUCCAGGUGAGAGGCAUGAUUUAUAAUCACAACGUUCACUUUUCUCCUAAACAACAACACUACUAAUCAUGAUGAGAGACAAGAACGAUUACUUGGGACAAACGGUGAUCCGGAACCUUAUAUUUUUGAACCUAAAUAUAAGGAGGAAAAAAAAUACAACUUUAAGAAGCUGAGUCAUACGCAGAUCCAGCUUUAGCAGUAGUGCUAAAUGUAAAACAAGAUAUUGGAAACUAUGGCCAUAAUAAAACAAUCACGUACUGUACAACGUCUGCUCUCCUGGGAUUCAAAGUAAUUGGAUGUUCAUAUAUUCCUGUUUGGAUUAAAAAUUAAUCCUAAUCCUUGUUUUUUGUUAGUUCCUCGCCAUCUAAAUUGAAGGUCAAAGUUGACCAACUACUUUAUGUCAACAAUCUUCUACUAUCCAGGUGAGAGGCCUGAUUUAUAAUCACAACGUUCACUUUUCUCCUCAACAACAACAGUAGUAAUCAUGAUGAGAGACAAGAACGAUUACUUGGGACAAACAGUGAUCCGGAACCUUAUAUUUUUGAACCUAAAUAUAAGGAGGAAAAAAAGUACAACUUUAAGAAGCUGAGUCAUACGCAGAUCCAGCUUUAGCAGUAUUGCUAAAUGUAAAACAAGAUUUUAGAAACUACGAACAUAAUAGAACAAUCACGUACUGUACAAUGCCUGCUCUCACUGGGAUGCAGAGCAAUUUCUGUUUAGAUGAAGAAUUAAUCCUAAUCCUCAGUUUUGUGUGUUUCUCGCCAUCUAAAUUGAACGUCAGAGUUGACCAACUACUUUAUGUCAACAAUCUUCUACUAUCUAGGUGGGAGGCCUGAUUUAUAAUCUAGAAAGAACUUUCACCAACAACAAUAACAAUAUCUCCAAUACUUGGCUAAUAUUCAGGACACGAGAUGUAAAUGGAGUAUUGUUGGCUGUUUUUGGAUGUUUUUUCAGAGUGCUUUAUGGGCAUAAUAGUGUACUACCAUUAGCUGCAUUGUUAGCCACCUCGUACUCGUCAGAUUCAACAAACUUGAAUGCAUAAAAAAGAAAAAUAUGUGCUCUUGUUUUACGUAAGGAUUGUGAAUGAUGGGCAAAAAAAAAAAAGGUGCAGGUCCCCUUUAAUUACCCAAUCCUGCGAGCUGGACAAGAUUGUGUACGCGAUGAUGCAGCUGACGCCUCGUCUGGGCCACCGCGGUCAAACUUGCAAAAAACAAACAAACAAAAAAACAGAAGACAGUCUCUGGUACGUCCUUGGGUCCAUUGUCUGCCUUGUCCGACAGGAACAAACAAUUUUGGGCUCUUUUCCUCCGCAAAGACUCCCGACUGCAAAAAGCGAUUAAAUGCAAUAAGAAAAGUGACUUUUUAUUUUUAUUUUUUUGUUCAACUGAGAGGAUUGCCGUCCGGUCUUACAUUACUGUGACUGUUUGUUUACGUCCAUAUCUGUGUGUGUGUGUGUGUGUGUUUUGACAGGAGUGCUACUCCCGCUGCUGCUCGGGCCUUUGUUGUCGUUGUUGUCGUUGUUCCGAGAGAACAUGGUGCAUCCUCAACUUUAAUGUUGAGUUUCUCACUGUUGUCGAACCCUGACUGCCUCACGCUGGGCGCUGUGCGUAAUGCAACACACGCACACACACCUGCGAUUGAUGGAUCUUAAAGUCUUCCCAUGAGUUAAAGAGGGUUCAAAGCCAUUUUUUGUAAAAAAAAAACAAAAAAACAACAACGACAAAAAAUGAGACCAAACACUGUUCGCGUGUCAGUGCCAAGAUGAUAGGAUUUCACGCGUGUGAAGCUUUGGAAUGCCGAGGCCAUGGUUAAAACGCCUACACCAGGGGUGUCCAAACUUUUUCCACAGAGGGCCGGACACGGAAACAUUUAAACAUGCCAUCAAUCACCAUUUUUGAUAUUUUUCAUUUUCAAACCAUAACAAAAUACAUGGAUUUUUUUUUUAAUCCUUAGGGCUCCUGGGGAGUAUAGAGGGUCUCAGUCACUAAAAUGUUAAAAAUAAGUCCAAUUAUUAUUAUUAUUUUUUAUUAAAUGCUUACAGAAAAUCUGUAUAUCAACUUGAGGUUGAUAUAAAGUAAAACAAAUAAGCUUUUAUGCCUUUUCCGUCAAAGACAACUUUGUUUUUUAUAGUAAAACUGAAAUAUGCAGUAUUUAGAUAGUUAAAGUUAAAGUACCAAUGGUUGUCACACACACACUAGGUGUGGCGAAAUUAUUCUCUGCAUUUGACCCAUCACCUUGUUUACCCCCUGGGAGGUGAGGGGAGCAGUGGGCAGCAGCAGUGCCGCGCCCGGGAAUCAUUUAUGGUGAUUUAACCCCCAAUUCCAACCCUUGAUGCUAAGUGCCAAGCAGGGAAAUAAUGGGUCCCAUUUUUUUUUUAUGGUCUUUGGUAUGACUCAGCCAGGGUUUGAACUCCCAACCUACCGAUCUCAGGGCGGACACUCUAACCACUAGACCACUGAGUAGGUAGAUAGAUAGUACUUUAUUGAUUUCUUCAGGAGAGUUCCUUUAUUUAGCAAUUAAAGCCCUUAAGAUCAAUAAUGCAGGACGCCAUUUAUUUUAAUUAUCUAAUAUUUUUGAGUAAUCACAGUGAAAAGUUCAAUAAAAUCCUACUAAAUAUAUUUGAGAUACGAAAGAUUCCCCACUCAUAAAGUGAUGCAUUUGUAUUAGUUGUUUUUUUUUACUUUUAACACUUAAAUUUCAAGAUCAACUCCCGAUAUAUCUGUCGAUUUUAAAGGCCUACUGAAACCCACUACUACCGACCACACAGUCUGAUAGUUUAUAUAUCAAUGAUGAAAUAUUAACAUUGCAACACAUGCCAAUACGGCCUUUUUAGUUUACUAAAUUUUAAUUUUAAAUUUCCCGCAAAGUGUCCUGUUGAAAAAAUCGCGAAAUGAUGACGUGUACGGAAAUAUUAGCGCUGCGCACACACACAGCUAAAAGUCGUCUGCGUUAACCGCAUAAUUACACAGUAUUUUGGACAUCUGUGUUGCUGAAUCUUUUGCGAUUUGUUCAAUUAAUAUUGGAGAAGUCAAAGUAGAAAAAUGGAGUUGGGAAGCUUUAGUCUUUAGCCACACAAACACACGGUGAUUCCUUGUUUAAAAUUCCCGGAGGUGAAACUUUACUAUGGAUCAGAGCGGUCAAGCAAAUUAUGGAUCCCGACCAAAUGUCAACCAGCAGUUUUCGGUGAGAAAAUUUGUGGUAAAAAGUCGCCACCUACCGGAGAUCAGCUGAGCUUGUGCCGUCCGUACAGCUGCCGUCGACUUCCAUUAGACACUGGCCUCAAGACACCCGUGGAUACACCCUUCCGAGUACCAGGUACUAUUAAACUCACUAAAACACUAGCAACACAAUAGAAAGAUAAGGGAUUUCCCAGAAUGAUCCUAGUAAAUGUGUCUAAAAACAUCUGAAUCCGUCCCAAUGCAAUCGCGUUUUUUUUUUGUUUUUUUUUCCUAGUCCGUCGCUAUCAAUAUCCUCAAACACGAAUCUUUCAUCCUCGCUCAAAUUAAUGGGGAAAUUGUCGUUUUCUCGGUCCGAAUAGCUCUUUUUGUUGGAGGCUCCCAUUAAAAACAAUGUGAGGAUGUGAGGAGCCCCCACACUUGUGACGUCAUCGUCUGUGACCUCCGGUAAAGACAGGGCUUUUCUGUUAGCGACCAAAAGUUUCGAAUUAUCGUCGAUGUUCUCUACUAAAUCCUUUCAGCAAAAAUAUGGAAAUAUCGCGAAAUGAUCAAGUAUGACACAUAGAAUGGACCUGCUAUCCUCGUUUAAAUAAGAAAAUCUCAUUUCAGUAGGCCUUUAAGUUUGAACUAUGAUUUUGUUUGUUUUAUGCUCUUUUGUCAAAACGUUGAUGUUUUAUAUGGCAACCACUUAACAUAUGCAGUAUUUUUUCCACAUAAAACAUUUUAAAGUGAUAAUUUUUAAGUAAUAAUUCAUUAUAAAAUAGAUUUUUUUGUCCUUUUUUUUUUGGAGCUAUGGAAAAAAUAGAAAAUAAAGACAAAAGGAAAAAAAACUGCCUGCAUGGCUUUUUCUCAUUAGAUUUCACCUCAUUCAACUUUUUUUAAAUGUUUUUUUUUAAUUUUUGAAAUACUAUCAAUUUUGCAAUUUUUGCAGAAUGUGUGGCGGGCCAGUAAACGAUUAGCUGCGGGCCGCAAAUGGCCCCCGGGCCGCACUUUGGACACCCCUGGCCUACACGGUGGUGACCAACCCUUUUGUAAAACCAUUUCUUUUUCUAUGAUGUCUUGCUUUUCAGCAUCGGGAUUCAACAACAAGUUUUUUUAUUUCUGUUUUUAUACAAGAAGAAAAAAAUGUUCCUUAUUUGCCCCCUUUUUUUGAACUGUGUGAGUAUUUAUGGUUAUUAUGGUGUUAAAUUGCCUUUCAAGUGUUAUUUAAAAAGUGAUAAUAAUGUGAAAUGACAUAGUAUAUUUUUAUAAUCAAAAGAAAAAGCCAGACUUGGAGGAGAUUGCACUGCAAGCUGUGUUUAACAGGGAUGAAUGUCGGAGUAAAAAAAGGCCGUGGCCACACCAGGGGAACGACGUCAGAAGGAAACGAGCUUGUGUUUGCACUGUGGAAAUGCUCCGGUGAGCACCAAAAGCAGGCCGCGCCCGGGACGACCAAGCCCUGUUUUGAAUAGCCGGCAAGAAAGACCAGAUCCAGACAGACGUGAGCAAAAACAAGUGCAGCUAUACAAUGAACAUGGGGAUAUAAUGUCAUCAUCUGUCGGAGUAAUUUGGUUAAAAAAAACCUUCCCCAAACCCUCAAAACUCAACUUUAAGCUCAAAUGUAAGAAACCGCGUCCCUCAGGGCUCUGUACUAUGCCCAUUUCUUUAAGGUGGUUACAGUGGUACCAUGUACAGUGUAUGUUUUGGUCAUUUGUAUGGAUGGCAAUUAAAAAAACAAACAACUUAAAAAAAUAAUUAAAAAUACAAUUUCUUUUCUGGUGUCAAAAAGAAAUAAGAUUAAAAAACGAUUACAUUUGUCGCCAAUAUUUUCCAUAGCAAGUUUUAAAUCACCAUUUGGUCGAAAUGUGAUUUUAAGGCCAAAAAACAGACGUUUUUUGUUUUUUUUUUCUAAUGUACCGAAACUAAAAUUGGAAUUUUAAAUUUAAAGAGAAGACUGCGGACUGGCAACAGGAAAAACAACAGUGUGGUGUUUUGGAGGGGUGCCUUUCACACAUGUAUACGGUACUGAGGAAUUGAUUUUGGUUCUUAAUGGUACCAAUUUACAUAAAUUUUGUCUGUGUUCAAAUGUGUUGAAGAAUGUUAAUUGUUUUUUAAAAACUUUUUUUUGUUGUUUAACAUUCAACACUAAUCUGUGCUGUCUAGCUUUCUUGUUUCAUUACACUUCGGUGUUUCAUUGGCAAGUACUGUACUUUACCAUUGGAUGGCAGUGAUAUAAAGACUUAGACUUAGACAAACUUUAUUGAUCCA